CAGGACCAACAGCACUAGCAGCAGCAGCAGAAACCAGAGGAGCAAACAGUAUGCAGUGUGUACGUUAUCCCUCCAUCUUCAUCCUCAUGGUGGUGGUUCUGUGUGGUCCGGUUUCCUCUCAGUCUGACAGAGACCAGGACCAGGAGCAGUACCAGAACCAAGAUCUGGAACAUGAGCUGCGUAACCAUCAGCUGCUGCAAAGAGCUCGGAGCGCUGGACUCCUGACACAGGAGUGGAGUAAACGUGCAGUGGAGGACUUGCUGGCUCAGAUGUCGCUGCCUGAGACCAAUGGCCAAAGGGAGGCGGAGAUUGUUUCCACAGCAACAGGAGGAAGGAGGACCAUGGAGCGGUCCAUUGAACCUCCAAACAACAUCCCCCCGCGUGAACGCAAAGCCGGCUGCAAGAACUUCUACUGGAAAGGCUUUACUUCCUGUUAAUACCCCACCCAGGCAGCGGAGGUCAUGACUUCACCGGACCAACUAACCAAUCCCAGACCUCCUGACCUUUGCCUCAGCCUCUGGACGGACCAAUCAGCAGCUCUGUGCCUGAAGUGUACCUGAAUAAUUAUCAAUGAUAUUAUCAAUUAAAGAUUAAUCAAUUAA